GCAACCGGUGUUUGGCAAGCGUCACAAUCCCGUAUUGAUUUAAAAUUCCUUGUGCCAUAAGAUUGCCGGCUUUCCUGUUAAUUGUGUGGAGAAUUCAUGGGACUGAUCGAUCAGACAGAAUCAGAUUCCAAGCAAGUAUGGAGGCAGCAUCAAAUACAUAUUGUUGUGAAUGGAGAAUAGUCUGCUCCUUUCCAAGCGGCUUCUCCACAUCCAUUCAAUCUGUCAAUUACUGUGGCUUCAUGAGCAAGCUGCCAACAAAGCACGGGGUAAAUUUUAUUACUUGUCUAUAGAUAGAUUCCUGAACUCUCCUCCAAAAGAAUAUAUCAAUCUAACAAUCAGGAGGAUGGAGGAUUGAAGAGAUUUCCAUCCUGAAUGGCGGUCGGAGGUACAUGCACGACAAGGCGAUCUUCUUCGUAUUCUCGGCUGGUGGCAAUAGGCUUGGCCCUUGUAGCUGUGGUUUCUCCUCUAUUUAUCAACCGGAGAACAGAGAGUGAUUCAGAACUUGAUGAGCAGCUCAUCGACCUUGUUUCUUGGCUGCCUCUACUACUCCUGGUGUUGAUCUUGGCCAUCUUCUUGUCAAGUUACUUAGACAGGAUCUUUACCAGGUCUGAUCCUCAUUGUAUUCACAGAGUCGGUGGUUCUUCUGCUGGUAUAAUCGUGAUUCUUAUCGUUCUUGUACUGGUUUUGAAGUGUAAAUCUUCCGUAAAGAGCUGGGAGGCUUGACUGAAUUUUUUUUUUUUUUUUUUUUUUCUGUUGUUCGUGGGGAAAGCGAAUCAAAGAAUUGUAUGCAUCUUUUCAGAGAUAAGAGAGCAGUUUCUUGAAUGAACACGUGUCAUGACUCAGGAAGGCGUGGCGUAACUCGAAUAGACGUGUCAUUCAUGGAUCUAUAGUAGUUCUCAAAUCCAAAUCUUUCAAAGCCAAAACUUUCACCCUCUGUCCAUCCUUUGCUCCGACGCGCCACACCACUAUCUUCACUAGCCUCCCGGCUUUAUGCUGAUACCGCCACCGUCUUGAUCCAGUCACCAUGCACAACCGCGUGGUCCAUACGUGUUGGAACAUGAAUCACACGCGCGACCGUGUGUUUUUCGAGCUACUGCCAAUAGCUCCUAUGCCAGUCUUCCUCCGUCUCGUUCUUUAUUCAAGUUGUUGCUCAAUGAGUUUUAUUACUUAUUAUUAUUAUUAUUAUUAUUAUUAUUUUCCCUGUAUUUGUUUUCCUUGUGUUUUGCAGCUCCUUUUGUUUUUAGCUGUUUCUUUGUUUUGUGGAUUGCUGUCUCCCAGUUCUUGUUUGUUUUUAUUGUGAAAACUUUUGUAACUGAAUUUGUAUUGGUUCAUCUCUUUCCUGCAGUCCCUUCGUUGGACUAAGAUAGUGCAUUUUCGACUUCUAUCUCUUUUUCAGUUGGAGGUUCAUAUAGAUUCGCCUUAAUUUAUACUCAUUUUGCUUUUGUAACCUCAUUGUACGGCUUUUUAAAAGGAUCAGAUUACUUGUUGUCC